GGCUAUUAAAACGUUUAAUUUGAAUAGAAAUAAUAUAAAUAUAGCUUGUUUUAUGACAGCCCGCAUAUUAUCGCACAUUGAUAUUUGCAUGUUAUAGAUGGCGGCAACAAGGAAGAAGUUGCUGCGGCCACGGAAGAGAAGCUCCGAAACGGACUCGGCUUUUGAUAGUUUGUCGAAAGAGAAACCCGUAUCAGUUGAUGAUGAUGAUUUGGAGUUGUUUACGCUUGGAAAGAAGAAGGCUUCACUCUCUGAUGCAUCAGUUUCUGCUGGCAGUAGCUACAAGAUGGUUGACCUGAUUUCUAGUGAAUCUGUAAAUGCUCUAGUUGACGAAGAACAGGACGACGACGUACUUCAAUCCCUACAAAGGACGGGAAUAAAUACAGGGAAUCAAAGAGAUCAUGACAGUGCAAGGAGAGGCGAAUGUGAAGUUGACGUAGAGUUUACAGGUGAACUGAAUGUGCCUCGAUCACCAUCUCCUCCUCCUUCUCCUCCAGCUCUUAUCAUGACGUCUGAAUCACCAGUUCAGACGUCCGCUGCUUUUCGGAAUGCUACCGUUCUAGCUGCUCAGAUCAGAGAGCAACAGCUACUCGACUCUUUCGAGUUGCCAGCAACAACAUCAUUCCUUUCUCCAGUGUGUGAAAGGGUACAUGUACUGAUAAUACGAGUCGUCAUGCCUAGCGGACAAAUUCAUCGAAUACCCCAUUGCUCUGAUGAUUGCUUUGUGUCGCUUAUUGAGAAGUUGGCAAUAGAAGAAAGCGUACCUUUGGAUAGAGUUCUGUUAUCAAAAAGGGAUGGUACGCCAAUAGAACCGAAUGAUACUCCACACACCACAGGACUUGUGGCAGCAGAUAUUAUUAGAGCGAUCCUAGUAUCUGACACAGCAGUGAAGCCUAUGAGUCAGCCACCAAAACACGACGAAAUUACUGUCAAAGUCCAAAUGGAAACAAAAUCCAAAUUUUUUAGAAUUUCAAAGAAAUCUCCUAUGGAACAACUCUACCAAAACGUUGCUACUGAAUUUGGUGUUUCAAGGCACCGCUUGAAGAUAACGUUCGAUGGAGACAUAGUUAGUCCGAAUGAAACUGCAAAGGAGUUAGACAUAGAAGGCGAAGAAGUAUUCGAUGCAUGCACAACAAAAUGAACUAUUUGUAAUGUACCGAUUGUACAGACUGUUUGAUUGAGUAUAGUGAGUAUACGACAGACACUA